CGAUGUACAGCGACUCCACGCUCUCACUCACACGCGCUCGCUCACUCACGCGCUCACAGGUAAAGCGGCGGCGGCAGCAGCAGAGUCCACCUGAGCUGAGUCUCCCUCUCUCCCUCUCCCUCUCUCUCUCUCUCUGGACAGCUGAAGUCCAGCUCCGAUCCAAAAGGCAGUCGUAGAGCGCGCGCGUGAGAGCGCGAGGGAGUGUGUGUGAGUGUGUGUGUGUGUGUGUGUGAAACUCUCUUCAGGAUGGAGCUCCUGUCUCUGCGUCUCCUCGCGCUCUGGAUGGUCGCCUCGGUUCUCACGCCAAGGGCAGAUUCCAAUGAGAUUUUGGGGCUAAAGAUUCCUUUUGACCCCAUUCUGAACGCCAACACCGUAUGCUUGACCCUGCCGGGACUGACGCGGAAGCAGCUGGACGUAUGCAUGCGGAACCCCGACGUAACGGCGUCGGCCAUCCAGGGCAUCCAGAUCGCCAUCCACGAGUGCCAGCACCAGUUCAGGGGCCACCGCUGGAACUGCUCCAGCUUAGAGACCAGAAAUAAAAUCCCCUACGAGAGCGUGGUCUUCAGCAGGGGGUUCAGAGAGAGCGCGUUUGCGUACGCCAUCGCGGCGGCCGGUGUGGUGCACGCCGUGUCUAACGCGUGCUCCAUGGGGAAGCUGAAGGCGUGCAGCUGUGAUGAGAAGCGUCGGGGGGAUGAGGAGGCGUUUCGGGUCAAACUGAACCGCCUGCAGCUGGAGGCCAUCAACCGGGGGAAGGGCAUGGUGCACGGUGUGAUGGAGCACUUCCCCUCGGACACGCUGGGACCGCAGGACUCGUGGGAGUGGGGCGGCUGCAGCCCCAACGUGGAGUUCGGAGAACGGUUCUCCAAAGAGUUCCUGGACUCCAGAGAAACCUACAGGGACAUCCACGCCAGGAUGAGGCUCCACAACAACCGGGUGGGCCGGCAGGUUGUGGUGGACCACAUGAGGAGGAAAUGCAAAUGCCACGGCACGUCGGGCAGCUGCCAGCUGAAGACCUGUUGGCAGGUGACCCCUGAGUUCCGGAUGGUGGGUUCCCUGCUUAAGGAACGCUUCAACCUGGCCACGUUAAUCAAAGCCCAUAACCGCAACACGGGGCAGGUGGAGCACGCUCACCCGCACCACCGCAGACGGGCCAACAGCCACGACCUGGUCUACUUUGAGAAAUCGCCGGACUUUUGCGAGAGGGACCCUGGGUCAGACUCGGCUGGGACGCAGGGCCGAAUCUGCAAUAAGACCAGCCAGGGCAUGGACAACUGCGAAAGCCUCUGCUGCGGCCGCGGACACAACAUCCUGCAGCAGACGCGCAGCGAACGCUGCAACUGCAAGUUCCACUGGUGCUGCUACGUGGUGUGCGAGGAGUGCAGGAUAACAGAGUGGGUCAGCGUCUGCAAAUGAGGACCAAAGAGACAAAAACACAUUAUAAAAAAUGAUCUAUAUCUAGAGAGACGUUAAAUAACGGGGAGAGACUGAGGCCUCCUGUUUUGCGAUGGACUGCCGCCGUGCUGUUGCCAGCAGCCCAAUGGAAACUGGGUGAAGAGCUCAGAACUGACUGACAUGCUCUUGACCCCAGCUGUGCACCCCACAAGUCCAGUCACACUAGUUUGGACUUGCACUGUGUGUGAUUUCAGAAAGUAUUUUUUAAAUUAAGUAAGUUAAGGUUUUAAGGUUGUUAUUAAAAUAUAUAUUGUGGAGUCUAUUGAUAAUAGAGCACUCAAUGUUAACUCAAUGUCUUAUUUUUUAAAGCAAUAGCUUGUCUCUAAUUCAAAUUUAGACAGUUAUCUGAAUGUAGACUGUCAGACACGUUUGAUUCUUUAGGUUUAUGCUGGAGCUACGAGGCUUAGAUAUAGAUAAGAAGUAAUAGAGGCAUAUAACCACUGACCACCCAUCCAUGCUCCGCCCACAAAUGCAUCCUUUUUUAGCUGUUGUUGCGAGGUCGGCUUUACCUUCACCGAUAAAACACUUAUAAAAGUCCUAUACAAAUUAAAAGACUUCCUUUUAAUUAAAAGAUUUGGUAUGAGCACCCUCAAAAUGUACCAUCCAUAUAUACCAUAUAUGGAAAUUGGACUGCAAAAAAGGCUUGUUUUAAACUAACUGCUUUUGUCAUGUCAUUAACCAGCUCAUUUACAUAUAUCCACCUAUCAGUUAUAACGAGUUUUCCAGUUCAGAUUGCUUUUUUAAUGAGGUCCAGCCAAUCUGAAAAGAGCUCAUGUACUCUAAAUUCACUCUAAAUGUAGGUAUUGUGAUAUAAACCGAGUCUGUUCUACAGUUUCUCAUUAGGCUGAAUGAA